AUGAAUAAUAGUCAAUUCUUAUCAACAUCAUUUUUUCAAUCAGAUAUUUGGUUAUUUAGUAUAUAUAUUAUCGGUACAUUUGAAUUUGUUUUUUGGUUAUGUAAUAGUUUUUUAAUUUGUAUUGAAAUAUUUGAUUUUCCAUCAAUUGAUAAAUAUCGAAUACAAAAACAUAAGAAAAAACUACGUUUUCAACCUGAUCUAAUACAAUUAAUGAAGAAAGAAACAAUUCGUCAUCAAAUAUCAAUUAUUAUCUUAACACCAUUGCUUUAUUAUAUUUUAAAUUAUUUCGGUCAUCUUGACAUUCAAGGACCUCGACCAUCAUGGUUAACAAUAAUUUAUCAACUUAUUCUUUUCAUUCUUUCCGAAGAUGCAAUUUUCUUUUGGACACAUUAUUUAUUACAUACACCAUGGUUAUAUAAAACAAUACAUAAAAAACAUCAUAUUUAUAAACAACCAACAGGUGUAGUUUCAAUUUUAAGUGAUCCUAUUGAAGGUUUACAAAAUCAGUUAGCUGUUUGGUUUAUGCCCGUUCUAUUAAAAGAAAAACAUAUAUUUACAUUGUGUAUUUGGAUUGCUAUACGUGUCUAUCAAACAGUGAAUGCACAUUCAGGUUAUAAUUUGCCUUAUGUUAGUACACAAUAUUGGGUACCAUGGAUUAUGUCAGGUACUUUAGCACAUGAUUUUCAUCAUCAACAUGGUAAAUGGAAUUAUGGAUCAUUUUUUAAUAUUUGGGAUCGAUUAAUGGGCACACAUCGUCUAUCAACAAACUAUAAAACAAACUGA